GGGAGACAAAAACAAAAACAACAACCAAACAAACAAACAUGUUGCCUUCCCAAGAAGCCUCCAAGAUCUACCAUGACAACUACAUGCGCAACUCCCGGGCCAUCGGGGUGCUGUGGGCCAUCUUCACCAUCUGCUUCGCCAUCGUCAACGUGGUGGUGUUCAUCCAGCCCUACUGGAUCGGCGACAGCGUCAGCACGCCGCAGGCGGGCUACUUCGGCCUCUUCCACUACUGCGUGGGCACGGGGCCGUCGCCCAGCCGCGAGCUCACCUGCGUGGGCAGCUUCGCCGACUUCGGCUCCAUCCCGUCCGGCGCCUUCAAGGCGGCCUCGGUGUUCGUGCUGCUGUCCAUGGUGCUGACCCUCAGCUGCAUCGCCUGCAUGGCGCUCUUCUUCUUCUGCAACACCUCCACCGUCUACAAGACGUGCGCCUGGAUGCAGCUGCUGUGUGGAGUGUGCCUGGUGCUGGGCUGCAUGAUCUUCCCUGACGGAUGGGACGCCGAGGUGAUCCGGGACAUGUGCGGGGAGCAGGCAGGGAAAUACUCCCUGGGCGACUGCUCUGUACGCUGGGCCUACAUGCUGGCCAUCAUGGGCAUCCUGGACGCCCUCAUCCUCUCCUUCUUGGCCUUCGUCCUGGGCAACAGGCAGACAGACUUCUAUCUUGAUGAUCUGCAGACAGACAACAAAGAUUUUGCUGUGUCAAGGAUUGAAGUCCGGGACAGAAGAGAGCCACGGUACGGAGUGCAGCGUCUUCACUGAGGGCAACGACGCAGCACCUGGACACCUCCUCUCCCCUUUUUUUCUCUUCUUUCAUCCACCUGUUACUUUCCCUCUCCUCUCUCGCCUCCUUCUCCUCCCUUCUUCUCUCCUCUCCAAUGAUCAGGAUAUCGCCACCAAUCCCAAUGCAGACACCAAGUGUGCAGGAUUCUGUGAGAUAGACAAAAAAAACAACAACAACAACAACGACAACGAAACACGCUGGGAUAAACUAUAUUUUGAUGAGGACAAAAAUUAUACCACAUUGCACAGUGCAUUUAACACUCGGACUUUCCCAACGAAUGCCUUUUACGCUGAAGAAAAAAUUCCAAGAUUUGCGCGAGAAAUUCGAUCCUUCAGAUGAAGAACCAUAACGUCCGCCUAUGAUUUUAUGGAUUUAAAAUCUUGCUAUCUAAUGACUUUUUGAGUUGGUGUGUUGUUGUGUACGUUCAAUGGCUUCAGAGAGCAGAUCACUUUUCCUCCUCGUAAAAGAGUCACGACACGGAAACAUUUCCGCCCGGGACUUGUAUGGUGCUUCAUCUAAGGACUUACGAGGAAUUUAAAGGAGUUACCCCCCGCCCCGCCAUUGCAGCUUUACAGAACCUAACAUCUCUGGGAGAUUCUCUACCUGUACAUACUGAACUAUGUGAAUAACAUUAACCGCUGACAGAAACAGCCGACAACAAAACCUCAUCUGACUCUUAAUGCAUUCGAGUUUGGUGUUUCUACUCUCGGUUUCCUCGUGCUGGAAGAGCACGGGAGUAGGUGCGAACCCAUUGCGCUUGUAUGACUCCUCACUACUGAUUUGGUGGGAUUACGCAGGAUCGGAAUGACACUGAUAUCUUCCCCGGACAUACCGCAGGAGAGCAGAGCACCAUGAAUCAAUGCGUUUCUGUGAGUGAUCGCAAUUGUUUGACAUGGAAAAAGAGAUGAAAAAAAGAGAUGAAAAAAGAUGCGUCCUCUGCAUCAGCAUGGUCUCAAAACAAGCCCCUUGACUCUAGUAUCCCCCCCUGCGAUGUAAAGUAAAAAUGUCAAGUUGCUGAACUGAUUUGCAGCUGUCCAAGAUAUAGACUUCGAGGUCUGAGUUCUCUACUUUGUAAUACCCAGUGUGCAGUUUACUCCAGUUUAUGGUCCCAGCAUACAGUGAUCAGUUUACUCUACAAAUGUCUUAAGAGUGCGGGGAAAUACGACUGUACACGAGUGGGCCUUCUCUCAGAUAGAAGCCCCAAGUGCUGCAGUUAAAGGUGAUGUCACUAAUAUGCCUCUUUGUUGCUCACGGCAUAGUCAUAGGAAUCAUACGUGGGGCAAUAAAGUUAAAAAGUGCUAAAUCACUUCAAAAUGUCACAUAAGUCUUGGAACCAUGCUAGAUACACAUUUAAUGUCAUUAUAAGCAGGGCUGUAGCCAGGAUUUUAGACAUACUGAUUUCAAGAUACCACCCGCAAACCCCAACAUUCAGUGGCCAAAUAAAAAAUGACAAAUAUAUUGGACCUGAUGCAAGAA